AUGAACGAAGAUAGUCAAAGAUAUAAUGCAUUUCCAAGAUUCGAUGAUCCAUAUGCGGAUAUUCCAACACAUCGUAAUGUUGAACCGAUAAGCAAUAAUCAUUUAGACAAUGAAGAAGAUGAAGACGUUGAAGAGAUUUCCAUUGAAAAAGAAUUGAUUGAUUGGGCAAUAUUCAAUGACGUCUUAGAAAUGGAUGAUGAGAAUAAUGACGACUCAUUGUUUUCAAGAAAUUUAUUAUAUUUAUUUAUAUUGCAAGCUUGCUUAUCAUUCAAGGAGAUUGAUUUAAUAUUAAAUAAAAUAUUCAACCAAUUAAAUCAAUUGAAAAACUAUGGUUCUGGGCAUUUUAUAAAGGGCUCAUCAUCAGCAUUGGGACUAUUGUCUAUUCAAUUGAAUUGCGAAAGAUUACAAUACUACGGAAAAUUAAUCAAUAUUGAUAAAUCUGUUGAGAAGGAAUUUAAUUAUGAAGAUGACAAUCGUAACUACAUUAAAUGGGCGUUUUUGUCCAAAAAUGCAUUAGAUAAGGCUAAAGAUGAGUUCAACAAAGUCAGACUCUUCUUCAAUCAAUACUAUGGCGAUGACAGUUUUUAA